AUGACCGAGGCUCUACCGGUCGAAGCCUCUACUCGUCCGAAACAGAUCACUGCAAGUGUCAUUUGAGAAGUAAAGAUUUCAAUUUUCAACACCCUCAAGAAACAACUUUGAAGAUUCAAGAAAGGAAGCUAAACAGAAUCUACAAGCAACAAUAUUCAGAACAGAGACGCGACCCAUUUUUAAAUCUGUAAAGGCGAUCUCAUUCUCAUCCUUCUACUCAUUUGAUCCCAAUAUGGCAACUGUUGAAGUCAUCAAAAAACACCAUAAGCGCCUUAAUAAUCCCUUCCCUUCUACCCCAAAGUCACUCCCUUUCGUUCAGGGAAGCCUGUUCUUCAAUCCUCAAGACCUCCCUACUAAUGAAAUUCUCUGUGUUGGGAAAGAUUUUCAGCUAAUUUGGAGCUCCGACAAUGGCGGGUUUCUUUCAAUUUUUCAUAAAGCACAGCCCGACCGACCCAUAUGGUCAACCAUCCCGGGACAAGCCUUCGUCUCCGCUGCAUUGGUUCAAACAGAGGUGGAAGAAAGCAGGGGAUCCUUUGUUAUAAAAGAUAAAGAUGUUCAUUUGGUCUGUAAUCAUCAGACUGUUGAGGAAAUUAAGGUAGUCAAUGACUCUAAUUGUUUUGUAGAGGCAAGAGGUCAUGAUUUUCCGUUGGGCUUUUCAGAUCAAAGCUUGGGUUUGGAGGAUGCCCGGUUCCCUGUUUUGCUAGUCACAGGCAGGAUUUUCAGUAUGAAGAAGAGAUUCCUUGACUCCAGCAUUCAUGAAGCUUUUCAGUUUGAGGCACAAAAGGGUUCUCUUACUUGUGCAAGGUAUUGGGUUUUGUUUGAUCAGAAAAGCAGCAAUCAGUUUGGUUUCCAAGUGAAGCUUGGGAAACCCAACUUUGAAUUUCACCCAAGAACUUCUCCAACUGUUUCCAGAAGGUACUGCGGUUUCAGGUGGAAACUGGGUCACAUUCGGAAGCGGCGGAUUGGGUGGUACCAGUUCUUUUCAAAGCCUAGAGCAUAUGCCAAUGUUUCAUCAUCAGAGGAAACGAGAGAAAUGAAGGUUGCAGGAUCUACAGACUUCAACAGGGUCUGUUUUACUUAUUCAAGUGAAAAAACUGAGAGAUUUUAUGGUUUUGGAGAGCAGUUCUCUCAUAUGGAUUUCAAAGGCAAAAGGGUACCCAUUCUUGUUCAAGAACAGGGCAUUGGAAGAGGAGAUCAGCCAAUUACAUUAGCAGUUAAUUUGAUUAGCUACAGGGCUGGGGGUGAUUGGAGUACGACUUACGCACCUUCACCAUUCUAUAUGACCUCGAAGAUGAGGUCUCUUUACCUUGAAGGAUAUGAUUAUUCAAUAUUUGAUCUAACAAGACAAGAUAGAGUUCAGAUACAGAUAUAUGGUGACACGGUACAAGGAAGGAUAUUGCAUGGAACCUCACCUUCCGAGCUCAUAGAAAACUUCACAGAAACUAUUGGAAGGCCUCCCAAGCUUCCUGAAUGGAUUAUAACUGGCGCUGUGGUUGGAAUGCAGGGUGGCACAGAUGCUGUGCGCCAUGUUUGGGAUGUACUACAGACUUAUGAUGUCCCCAUUUCAGCAUUUUGGCUGCAGGAUUGGGUGGGGCAGAGGGAGACGCUAAUUGGAUCACAACUAUGGUGGAAUUGGGAAGUGGAUAGAACAAGGUAUUGGGGAUGGCGGCAACUUAUUAAAGAUCUUAGUGAUCAACAAAUAAAUGUGAUGACAUACUGUAAUCCUUGCUUAGCUCCGACUGAUGACAAGCCAAACAGGAGGAGAAAUUUCUUCGAAGAGGCAAAAGAGUUGGACAUCUUGGUGAAAGACAAGAAUGGUGAGCCAUACAUGGUUCCAAAUACUGCUUUUGAUGUUGGAAUGUUGGAUUUGACGCACCCAAAUACUGCAAGAUGGUUCAAGCAGAUUUUACAUGAAAUGGUAGACGAUGGAGUCAGGGGAUGGAUGGCUGAUUUUGGUGAAGGUCUGCCAGCAGAUGCCACAAUAUAUUCAGGUGAGGAUCCAGUAUCUGCCCACAACCAAUACCCAGAAUUAUGGGCCCGGUUGAAUCGGGAGUUUGUGGAAGAAUGGAAAGAUACCUGUCGAGGCAACGCAGGAGAAUGCCAACAAGAAGGCUUGGUCUUCUUCAUGAGGGCUGGUUUCAGGGAUAGUCCCAAGUGGGGAAUGCUGUUUUGGGAAGGGGACCAAAUGGUAAGUUGGCAGGCUAAUGAUGGGAUAAAGAGUGCUGUUAUUGGUUUACUAAGCAGUGGACUUUCUGGUUAUGGUUUUAACCACAGUGAUAUUGGAGGCUACUGUGCUGUAAACUUACCUGUCAUACGGUAUCGAAGAAGUGAGGAGUUGCUCUUAAGAUGGAUGGAGCUAAAUGCAUUCACCACUGUUUUCCGAACUCAUGAAGGAAAUAAGCCAUCAACUAACAGACAGUUCUACUCAAACCACCAAACUUUAUCACAGUUCGCACGCUUUGCAAAAGUAUACAAAGCUUGGAAGUUCUACAGAGUCCAACUUGUGAAGGAAGCUGCUCAGAGAGGCCUGCCUGUUUGCCGCCAUCUAUUUGUCCACUAUCCAAAUGAUGAACAUGUGCAUAAGAUGAGUUACCAGCAGUUCCUGGUCGGCACUGAGAUCCUAGUAGUGCCUGUCCUUGACAAAGGCCAGAAGACUGUUAAGGUUUAUUUUCCUGUAGGGGAAGAUUGUUCUUGGCAGCAUAUUUGGACAGGGAAACAAUUUACAAAGCAAGGUCUUGAAGCAGGGGUAGAAGCUCCGAUUGGCUAUCCAGCUGUAUUUGUCAAGGCUAGCUCUCUUGUGGGAGAAACUUUUCUCAGAAACCUGAGAGAUUUUCAUAUUCUUUAAGCAAGCAUUCCUUAACCGUGAAACAAUUAAAAAUGUUUAGGAUAUUGAACUGUUCUGAUUAUGCAAGGCACAUCUUCUUUCCCCACGCCCCCCCUCCCCUCUUCCCACCCAAUUGUUGAUGGCACGUUUAUUUUUUUGAUUUAACGAAUCCCAAACCAUUGGGACAAAGGCUUAACUGUUGUUGUUGUUGUUGCACAUUCUACUAAUAGAAGCAGGCUUGUUUGUGCUGCUGA